AAAAGAAAAAGUAAGGAACUUAAAAUACAUACGCAAAAAUUCAUGUUACUAGGAAAAGCCGAUAAACUACACAAAAACUACACGAACAGCUGUGCUGUAGUGGUGGUACCGGUGUAGUGGUCCGCUCUGGUUGACAUAACAAGCUCAAGCUCAAGGAUUGUAUUGAAGCAUGUAAAGUUGAGCUUUACAGGUAGUCCAUCAUGUCUGUGACUCAAGUCAGCCGGCUUUUACCUGUGAGGAAUCCAAUCAUAACAGCUGUGAGAACCAGGACAAGAACUCCUAACAUAAGUAGGCCAGCAGUGCCCCAUUUCACACGUGCUGUGGUCCUUGAGCUGAUAAAACCCAUCUACAAGAAGAAAGAUGAGAGCAUCCACCCAAGGGAAAAGUGCAGGAGGAGGCUAAAGGCUAUUGAGGGAGAGACGAAGCAGGUUAACCCUUAUGAGCAAAUCCUAGCCAAUGAAUUCCGGGAGAAAAUAGAAAAUGCCAAGCUUGUCGCAAUAUUCCACAUGCUUCCCACAACAGAAGCAGGGCUGACUGCAGCUCGAUUGCAGCUCAUCAAGCUUGAUUUGAGAUACGUAAAACAUAAUAAUACGAUUAUGAGACUUGCUUUCACUGGUACUAAACAUGAGGCACUCUUAAGCCUGUAUAAGUCCACCACUUGUACUUUUGUUGGUGAUGAACUUGCUGUGGCGAAGUUGCUGAAGAUUCAGAAGAAGUUAAGCUGUCUAGUAUUGCUUGGUGGUAUUGUGGAAGGAAGGUUCAUGAGUGUGAAGGACCUGGAGCACUAUGCCAGCCUGCCAUCUCUACAUACCCUCCAGGCACAGCUUGUCAGCAUCCUUGGCACCCCAGCCCAGCAACUCUCUCAAAAUCUCUCUGCCAAUCAGAUGGAGCUGUCUUCUGCCCUGUCUCGCUAUGCUGAUGACACAAAGCCUGAAGGUGACCCAAAGCCUGAGGGUGACUCCGAGGCCUCACCCAGCCCGUAGUUGGCAAGGUGAACUUAAAGCUUUGAAUUGUACAGAAAGAAUCACGUGUAAUAUAAUGUAAGAUUUUGUAAUAAAUAUUAAAUUAGAAAUCCAUUGAGAGGUCA